UUUUUAUUUACACGAAGCUCUCUGCAACGUCUAAAAGUCAGUCCCAGAUUAGCACAAAAGAUAUCUGGUGUCCGGCAGCUUCUUGCUUGGUCACUGUCUCCUUUUCUCUUCCUUAGCUUCUUCCGUCAACAACACCAGUCUGACAUUAUGGCCUCGUAACAUUGCAUGCUUGCCCGGCUCCUGUUCUGGCACGACACCAGCUCCACUCCCUGUUUUCAGUGCAUGGCCAAAUGCUGGUCAUGCAUGCCGGGGCCUGAAAAACUCCACUAUUAGGUGGCCUGUGGUACAAACACUAACACUCCCACAGUGCUCACAGUCUGGGAAGUUAACAGCAGCUACAGUUUGCAGUUCACAGUUUAGUUUACAACAGUUUUGUUUAAUGUCCAUCAGGAAACUCUGUCAAUAACCAAGAGGUGAUGCUGGAGGACAAAGCAGAGAAAACUUCACGUGGGUAAAAGUAACAUAGUGUAAGAAAGAUUUAAAUUCUGAUUUUUAGGAUUUAAAAGUUACACAGUGUUGCUUUAAAAUGGACGUCAGGCUUGUAAAUAUAUUCACUGAUUUGUUUAUUAUGACUGCUUAUCCUUAUCAGGGUCAGAGCUGAUCCCAGCUAAGGAUUUAAAUAUAAUUAAUAAUUCAUCUUAAUGCAUUAAUUUGGCACUACAACAAUACACAAACCUGGUCGAUUCACCAGCACGUCUGACACAGUUUCAAAACAUGAUCAUUGUUGCAGGCCUCUUGCUCUACAUCGUUCUCCUUUUGUGGGUUUACUGUGGAGGCUGAACGUUAAUGAUACAAAAUACCAAGCAUGAGGUGAUUUAACUGUGUAUUUAGCAGUAACCAACUCUCCUUUAUUUCUUCUCACAGUGUUAUAGCCUCAUUAAAGGGGGGGCUGUUAUUAUUAUAAUUGGUCCAUGGUCAUGCAUCUAAUGGCAUGCAGAGGGGGUGUGGGUUCCUCUCUCUGCAGCACCGCCUCUGUGUGGCUGCUGGCAUCCUCUUGAGCGGAUGUGUGUGAGUGUUAUUUACAUUGUGGAGUCGGGGGGUGGCUGCUCACACGUGCCGCUGCCUGUCGUCUUUGUCCUUCUUCACACAGCUUCACUGGCUGCCAUGGGCACUGCCUACAGGGAGAGGAGCUGACUGCCGCCUUUGCCAUUUUUUCCUCACAUUGCAUCCCUCCUUUUGCAGGAGUCUUUUCACCAGCAUAUAGUCAUUGCAUCGCGGGAGGAGUCUCAACCUAUUUGUGCACGUCUUCGAUCAGAUUCCCGUAGGCGACGUCUGCCCACCUGGAAGAUGCUGGCAUGAUGAUGAUGGAUCUUUUGAGCGUUUUCAUUUGUGCUCCGCUUGGACUGGUUUCUUCUGGAUGAUGCGCAGAGGGCUUCUCGGUGUCUUUAUGUUUCACCCUGAUUUGGAAACCUCCCAUCCCAGCAGGAGAUCCAUGCCCUGGUUUUUGCACCGUUGUCAUCAUGUCCCCAGCAUCGGCGGCAACGGCCAGUGAGAGCAGCACCACCACCGUCCCCGAGGAGGAGCCGGACAGCCCGCGGGAGGAGCAGCGCCCCCAGAAACAGUCCCUGACUAAAUCUCUGUGUCAGGAAACUCACUGGAAAUGCCUGCUGCUGUCCUUGCUGAUGUACAGCUGCGUCGGGGUGAUGGCCUGGUGCCAGGUGACCAAGGUCACUCGCCUCUCCUUCGACACCGCUUACAAGGGAAAAUCUAUGAUGUACCAUGACAGUCCCUGCUCCAAUGGCUACAUCUACAUCCCUUUGGCCUUCCUGGUCAUGCUCUAUGUGGUCUACCUGGUGGAGUGUUGGCACUGCUACACCAGGAAUGAGCUGCAGUACAAGGUGGAUCUGGACAGUGUGGCGGAGCGCGUCCAGCGAAUGCAGCAGGCCAUGCCUUGCAUCUGGUGGAAGGCCAUUAGCUACCAUUAUGUCAGGAGGACGCGACAGGUGACGCGCUACCGCAACGGGGAUGCCUACACCACUACGCAGGUCUACCACGAGCGGGUUAACACUCACGUGGCUGAGGCGGAGUUUGACUAUGGGAACUGUGGGGCUAAGGACAUCUCGAAGAGCCUGCUGGGUCUGGAGGACUUCCCCAUCACCAGGCUGAGGUUCACCAAGUGCUUUAGCUUUGCCAAUGUGGAGUCAGAGAACUCCUACCUGACCCAACGGGCCAGGUUCUUCACAGAGAACGAGGGUCUGGAUGACUACAUGGAGGCCCGUGAAGGGAUGCACCUGAAGAAUGUAGACUUUAGGGAGUAUAUGAUUGCCUUGUCUGACCCUAAUCACCUUCCCUGGUACGCAUCCAACUCCACUUUCUGGGCGGCAGCUGCUUUCACCCUCUCCUGGCCUUUGAGGGUGCUGGCAGAGUACCGCACUGCUUGUGUACACUACCACGUAGAGAAGCUGUUUGGCUUUGACUACGUGCCAGCAACACCAUCUGAGGAGCGGCCGCAUUGCCGACACAUCCCACGAGUCAACACAAUCGACAGCACGGAGCUGGAGUGGCAUAUCCGCUCCAACCAGCAGCUGGUGCCCAGCUACUCGGAGGCGGUUCUCAUGGACCUGGCCCAGCUCUCAGGGAGCUGCAACAGCUACUCAAUAUCUGGAGGUUACGGUAGCUAUAGGCAGAACUGUGAGCGUUGCCACCGUGCCAUCAGCAGCUCCUCCAUCUUCUCUCGCAGCGCCCUCAGCAUCUGCAACAUCGGGAGCCCCCUUAUCCCCUUCAGCGCCAGCCGCUUCUCGUUGGGUCGGUUGUACGGCUCCAGGCGGAGCUGCCUGUGGAGGAGCAGCGGGAGCCUGAAUGAGCGGUCAUGCCCCACAGAGAGCACCCAAUGUCUGUCAGACCAGCAGACCAGUGAGGAGAACCCUCCAGCCUACCAGGACGCUCUGUACUUCCCAGUCCUCAUUGUGCAUCGCAACGAAGGCUGCCUCAACCACGACCACCGCUCCCUGCACAGGAAUGGCUCCUGUGUGGAGACUUCUCUAUGACCCAACAAGGAAUAUACUGACACAGGAACCUCUUUACACAAGGGUUGGCUUAACUUUUGCUUCUUCGUUUUACUUACAAGUUACCACAAAUAACAAUUUGCUCAAGUUUGUAGCCUCAAACAAAGAGCAAACAAAGCAUAUCUGAGAAAGUCCUCACAGUACAGUCGAUAAGUCAGGUAAAAAGACAGACUUGAUGCCAUUGAUUGAUGUGACUGGUGUUUAAAAUAUAACGCCGCUUUAAAAGGACCAAACUGCCAAAAUGUCAACGUAUUGUCCUGCAGCGUCCAAAAGGACGAGUAACCAAGGGGAUACCAAAAGGGGAGUCCACACCCUACUGUAAAUGCCAUAUUUAUAGAUCUUAGUCACAGACGAUUUACAAUCACAUGAGUAACACUUUCUAUAGUUUGAAGCUUAACAUAGGCUUUGACUCACUGGUAGUAUAAAAUCGCCACGUCUUGAAAUCAUGACGCCUGAAUGAGGAAUGAGGAAAUAUAGAGAUAAUUAUAGACGCACACGUCAUGUGAGUCAUGUGAGUCGUGAGCAAUGAGGGGAAUCCAGAAUUAACUAAACUGACGACUAAAGACUAAAUAAAGUCCUAGAAUAUAAAAUAUAAACAUCUGCAUGUGAAGCUUUUUUGAUACCGGGUGAUUUAAAUCUCUUCAUGCGAUAGGAGUACAUUUCCAUAGUAUGGACAUAAAUAUCUGAUGCAGAUGCUUAAAUAUCAAGUUAGCUGGAAUCAGCUUGGUUGCAAUGACAUUAUACUUCCUGGCUCGCUAAAUAUAGCAACACGGUCGAUGAAUAAUUUAGCACAGGUGGGUAAAAGGACACAAGAACUUCCGACUGAAUCAACAACACGUCUUCAAAAUGUCUCUCAAUCACUGUAAACUGUACAUUUUGUAUAACGGCCGACUACAUACUGAUAGAUUUAGCUCGUUUAAAAUCUCAAAGAUCCUUUUGAUUUCAUAUUUGGCAAUAUUUGUAUCGAGCCUACCUCUUUAUUUAAGUGCCUAGCGAUCAACUGUUAAGCAUAAGCUAUGAUGAACUAAAGUCAUCUCAUCUCUUCCCAUUAAAACAAGUCAGAUUCACACUCAGAAGAGCACAUGGUGUACGAUACAGCAUACAAACGUGUUCUGUUGCCUGAUCUCAUCGUUAGAUUUUAGGAAUCAGGCCCUCGUAAUGUAACACAGCUCUCGUAUAGCUGACUGAUGAUGCUGCUGUUUGAUGCAUAUCAGAGAGACAGCCAGAGAGUUGGCCAUCAAAGAUGCCAGAAAUAGGCAGAGGCCUGGAUUUACUACUGAUAGUGUCAGAUUUAAUAAUAUGACAGGAUUAAUCUCUCCGAUGACUGCAUGCUGUGUCUCGUGGAUUUUAUUUUUACAGCCAAGCCGUGCACGAAAAUAAAGGUUUAUUUGAAAAUCAGGCAGAACUUUUGGACAAAUAUAUAUUAUGGAGGAAUUAGCUUCCAAAUUUAAACACGUUUUAACACAACUCAUUACUCAAGGGUGCUUUAUUUCUUCUUUAGGAAUGGUCUUCAUUUUAAGGGAUGACAAUGACAAAGCACAUUCAAGAGUUAUUUAUGUACAAACCAGCCUUCAUCUCAUGAGACCUGCAACCAAAGUUAAACUUAAACAGAUCCUUUCCCACCAUUAAGACCAUUAAAAAUGUCUAAGAAUAGGAAAUAUCAGAAUUAUUCCUGUGGUUGGACAUUUUGUGUUCCUUCUGAAUACAACCUUCAUUAUUAAUCGUGACCAAUCAGCCAUACUCAUUACAUUCCAUGUGUGGUGUUAAGUUUCGGAUCUUUAUAGCAAUACGAGACAAUACAGUGAUUCAAUCAGAUCUCUCAUUUCAUUCAACUACAACGCGUUCUCACGGGUCAUCUAUGCAAGCCCCCCUUUAGAACUCAGGAUAGUAUUCAGGGCAAAGAUUCUGCUUUGCAACAACAUCCCAAAACCUGGUUAUCCAAACUUGGAAAGGCUGCAGCAAAAAUCAUAAUGCGUAAUAACCGGACUGUUUUUUU